AUGACAACCCUUGGCGAUCACGGUGCUUCCCAGGCCGCCGCCACCGGGCCACCCAAACCCCGGGCGCGGGAUCAAUCUUGCUUCGGCCCUGGCAAAGAGGCGGCGGUUUCGCGGGGGUCACGGGGUGGGCUGGGACCCAGGGGAGCGCACUUGGAGGAGGACCUUAUCCGAGCCCCGCACCCCCCGGCCAGAUCCCCGGAGCUCGCCGAGUCCGCAGCGUGGCCCCGGCCCCGGCCCCUGUCCCUGCCCGGCGCGCACCCGGCAGCCGGCUCGCUGCGCUCCCGGACUAGGUCGGUCCCAACCUUGGACACGGAUUCCGGUCCCGGUCCCGGCCGCCGCGUCCCGGCACGAUGCGCCCCAGACUGCUCUCGGACCCGGGCCCCUUCUUCUCAAGGCUCAGCGGUCCCGAGCUCGGCGCGGACCCCGGUGCAGGGCGGCCGUCAGCCGCAGCCUCACCCCAGUGCGCGCCCAGGGGUCCCGGGCCCUUCUCCAGAGCGUCCCGCACCCGGAUGCACCUUACGCGCGUCUCCCGCGCGCCCACCUUCCCCGCCGGCUGCCGAGCGCUGCCCGGCGCCCAGACCCCGCCCCUCCGCCGGACCCUCCCCCCUUUCGCGCCCCCCCCAGCUCCGCCCCUGCCCCCCGGGGGACCCCGGCCGCCCCUCCCCCUCCCCCGGCCCGAGCCGCUCACCUAGUGCCGCCCGCGUCGCUUCCGCGCUCUGCGCCGCCGGAGCCUCCCGGCGCCGCCGCCGCCGCCUGCCGGCCGGGGUUGCCCACGCCCCGCGCCCCGAGCCCCGCCGCCGCCGCCGCAACAGUUGUCCCGGCGCCCUCGGGGUCGCGGGGCUCGGGGCGCGGAAGGCGCCCGGGCUGGGCUGGGCCGGGCUGGGGCCGGGCUGGGGCCGGGGGUCCCGCGCCCCGAGCCCGCGCCGACUCGGCCCCGCGCCCCGAGCCCCGCGUGCGCCCCGCGCUCCGCCGCCGCCGCCCGGCGCCCGCCCGCGCCCACUGCCCCGGCGCCGCCCGCGCCCUCGCACCCCCGCGCGCGCCGCUCCUCCCCUCGCGCGCCCCCCCGCGCUCGCCCUGCUCGCUCGCUCGCUCGCUCGCUCUCCGCCGGCUUCCUUUCGCAAUCUCCGCUCCUCGCUGCGCGCUCGCCCUCCGCCUCCGGCUCUUCCCGGUGUUUUCUUGCGCGAUCGGUGUGCGGUCCUGCGCUCCCUUCCCCUCUGCGUUCGCGUUUUCCCCUCCUCGUCUCCCUCCUUCACGAGUUCGUUCCCUUCCUUCUCCUCUACUUUUUCCUUCCUUUCUCCUUUCUUCCCCUCCCUCCCUCCUUCUCCCCUCUCCUUUGUUCCCAUCGCCUCCUUUCCCGCGGCCCCUUUAUCUCCUUCUCUCCGCCCACCCCAGCCUCUGGCCCGGAUCCCCGGCGCGCUCACCUGCCUCUGCCCACUGCUCCGGCCCUGGCCGGCUGGCAAGGCCGGGGAGCCCCGAGGCCCCGCCCCUACCCCAGCUCCACCCAGUGGUCAAGGUCAGGGUCAGAGUGGCCUGGAGGACCCUUCCCUUCCCAGGAGCCCCUGUCCAGCUGCUCCCUGGGAGCACCUCCUCCCCAGCCCUCCCUCCCACAGCCCCCCUUUCCUGUCGGACCCGUGCCUUCAGCAGGAGGCUGUGCUGGCCCCCGGCCUCCCUGUUCCCCACUUUGCUCUGGUUGUGAGGAGGGUCUUUUGGGGACCACUCAUAUGCCUGCAGGGGACCUUGCAGACCCUGUGUCUUUUGGGAGGGAAGAGGGCUUUAGUGUCCAAGGGUGCGGGCCUGACUCCAUCCCCCACUGUGUGGAGCCUCCUGCAUGCUGGGUUUGGUUUUAUUUCCCUAGAUUUUGGUGGAACCUUGCAGGUCGCUCGGCAGAGCCUUCAGACGCUCUAUGUGCUGCCUGCUGUGGGCGCUGGGUGGUGACCUUCCUACCUUAGAGACAGACGACCUGGGCUCAGAGAGGGCAGGACACUGCUCUGAGCCACACAGGAGUAGGAUAGGCUGAGGCUCAGGCCUGCAUUUGCCCGAGGUCCAGGCCCAGGCCCUGCACCUGAACCUCUCUGGGUGACCUCGGGACAGACACCUGCAACUGUUUGUCCAGCAGCCGGGCCAGUGCAGUUUGGAGACUGCAUGGAGAAGACUUGGAGACCCGGGCUGCAGCGCCAGGGUCCACACGGCCGCAGUGCUGCUGAAGCCACAGCCCGAGUUCCUGUCAAGUUAAGGGUGACAAGCGAGAAUAGAGGUGACAUGCUGAGGUCACACCCUGACUGCUGGGCUUGACACACCAGCUGGUGCCUGGACAGAGCCUCCCUCCAGCCCACGCAGCUUGAUUUGUCAUCUGUGGACCACAGCAGCAAAAUCGUGUCCAGAGAGGUCAAGAGGUGUCCCCAGAGCAACACAGCCGGGAGCUUCUGAGCUGAGCUUAGAACCUGGGUUGUGCAUCCCCCAACCCAAGCCCCUGCCCUAGACCUCAACACAGCAAGGCACAGAAGGGAGGCUGUGGAGACGGACCGGGCCUGGCUGCACCUCCACAGGCCUCGGUGUCCCUGCUGGCUCCCGGCUCCCAGCCGGGCCUCUCCUGCUUCACUCUCCUGGUGGGGUGCGGGCUCCCUUGUAACCUCCUGUUUCCUCGGAGCCCGGGGAAGGAAGAGCCCAGCACUGAGUCCUGUGCCAGUGAGGACCAGAACAGACGCUGGCAGCGCUGGGUAGCUGGGCAGAGCCACGGCCAGGCCAGGCAGCUGUUGCCUGUGUGGCCCCAGGCCAGCCCCCGCCACCAGCCGCGUCUGGGGGCCACACAGCAGGUGAUCGGAAGAUCUGCCAAGCUCAGAGCCGUUUCCAGCAGCAUCGCUUCCUCUGCAGAGAAGCUUCCCCUCCCCGUGUGGAGGCCCAGUGGAGUCGCAGCCUCGGCCUAACCCUCCCCCUACCCAAUGCCAGGCACUGGGAGUGCCCGGGCCUCCAGAGGUGUCUUUGCUCCCAGGUACCCUGGAAACAGUGCCUGGUCCCGGAGUCUGGGCCAAAAGAGGAUGGGCAGCCUUGUGCCCCAGAGCACCAUGGGAGUAUCUUGGGCAUCACCUUAAACUGGGAAUCUCAGCCCAUGGCCUGCCACAACAGCCCAAGAGCAGCAAUGUGAGCACCAGCUGCAGUGGAGAAACUGAGCGUUAGACAGACUAGGGACUCCCCAGGCCCUAGCACAUCCACCCCUUGUUCCCCUCUGUAUCCCAUUUAAAAGUGACACCUCCAGAUAAGUUCAUAAACUCUGCCUCUUACUAAGCAGCAGUUCCCCUGUAUGAGUCACUUUUUUCUUCUGAGCCUCAGUGUUCUCAUCCAGGAAAUAGGGCCAGCAGUCCCUGCCUUUUGAGGACCCCAUGACAAUUGGCCAGCUGAGGCCAGAGCCUUGUGCAAAGUAGGGGCUCUCUCGGUGCCUCCUCCCAGCCACCCCAUUAGAGGCCAGGCCUGCAGCUUGGUGACACUGACACCAUGGUGACACUGACACCAUGGUGACACUGGGUCUUAGCUAGGUGCAAGGGAGAAGUGCCCACAAAUGGGUUCGUAAGCCAUGGUGUCAUGGUGUGCACAUCACUGUGUGCUUACAGCAAGCCGGGUGACACGGCCAGGCUCUGCGGGGACAUGCACCACUGUCUCAAGGCCACAUGAAGACGCCCAGCCCAGGGGAACCAGUGAACACCAGACAGGUGGGCUGCUGCCACCUCUGAUUGUAAGUGAAAGAAAUUUGUGUGACCAAAAAAAAAAAAAUACAGCAAUGCUUAAAUGAAA